CCACCAUGACGUCAUCGCGUAGCCCCGCCCCCCGCCACGCGUUCCUGCGGAUCCGGCCCCAGACCCCCCAAAAAACCCCAGAUCCCCCCAUGGCGGAGGCCAAGCCCCCCCCCAGGAGCUCCGUUCGACCCCGGGAGCGACCCCGGGCGGCGCUGGGCAGGCUGUCGCCCCCCGGGUGGGCGCGGGCGUGGCUGGAGGCGCGGCGAGCGGGCUCCGGCCCUGGGGGUCCUUCCUGGACCAGCGGCGUUUUGGGGUCCCCCGGGAUUUGGGGGAGCUCCUGCGGCGCCUGGGGCACAACGCCGAGAGAUUCAGAGCAACUACCUGCUGCUGUUCCUGGGGCUCGUCCUCUACUGCCUGGUCACGUCCCCGCUGCUCCUGGUGGCCGUCGGGGUCUUCGUGGGCGCUGCCAUCGCCGUCCGGCUGCGGGCCCGGGAGGCGCCACUGGUGCUACUGGGCGGGAGCUGACCCCCGCCCACCAGCUGGCCGUGGCCGGGGGGGUCUCCCUGCCCCUGUUCUGGCUGGCGGGGGCGGGGGCCGCCGUCUUCUGGGUGCUGGGAGCCGCCCUGGUGUUUUUGGGGUCGCACGCGGCUUUUCGGCAGCUGGAGCCCCCCGAGACCCCCGAGCUGCAGAUGGAGCCUGUGUGACCCCCCCCCCCCGAAUUAUUUGGGACCCCAAAAUCCAUCCCAAAAUAUCCCCG